AUGAUUGUUAAGGAUAAAUACUUCAUAAGCUGUCAUGGAUGCAAGCAGAUGUAUGACCUUGAGUGUGAAAGUCUCUCGCCGAAACGACUGAAUAAGAUGAAUGCUGAGAAUAAACGUGAAUGGCGAUGCUUGGAAUGCAAAAGUAAGAAACCAAAAUCAGAUAACACUAACACGCCAGCGCGACCGUCCGCCCACUAUGCACCAACUGCUCCUUAUGAUGAAACCUACACUGAAUGCUACUCGGACAGCAACAUAACACUGCGGAAAAAGCCAAAUUACUUAUCUAAUAGUGAGCUAAAGGAGCUUUUUAAAGCUAAGAGGGCUGAGACAAGGGCUAUUGUUGAGGCUUAUUCUAAGGGAUUAUCCGAACAACUUAAAGGCAUGAAUGUACAAUUUACUAGUUUUCAAGAGUCUAUGACCUACAUAAACUGCCACUAA